AUGAAACAAACAGUACCGUACGCAUUGCGAAUCAAUACCGUUCUGACUUCGGGGUUCGCAUUUCGCUACGCGUUGCUCAACGGUCUCAUUGACACUAAAAAGAACGAUGGUAGAAUAGUCAAUUACACUCGUGCUACGGUCGAGCCAGAACAUGUCGUUUUGGAAAUUACAGUACUCAACAUGACUCUAGCCAAUCGUGAAGAGCAUUCAACUGGAAAUUCAUUUACAAUGCCAGUAACACGAAAUGGAAAGUCGACUUCCAAAACUGAUGCUGCCGGGAAAAUUAUCGCCCUCGAUUAUCCCCGGCAAGUCCCUCUUUUUGGUUUUUUGUUCAUGGCUCUCGUAUACUAA